AUGGACUUCUUCUAUAGACUGCUACCCCUUCGUCAACAACUUUAUAUAACAACUAAUCGACAACAACAACAGCUUCCGCCUUAUAAUAGAGAAGGGUAUGUAAGCCAAUUGGCUAAGGUUAUUAACGUUAAAUGCGAAAAUACUCCGGGUUCAAUUCAAGAUCCUAUCGCAUUAAGAUUAUAUGCGUUGCACCGAUAA